AUGGCCGGCGGCGGCACGAACGAAGUCAGGGGGACACGGCACACGCCAUCCCAGGCCAUGAAGGCUCACACAGAGAGCAGCGCCGUACGGCGCCAGGAAGCUUCCCAUGAGCGGAAGCUAGACUACUGGAGGACGCAGCUCGCAGACGGCGUCUCGGCCGAGUUCCUAACGGACCAGCCACGCCCUGCGGGCGCCCUCUCGGGCAAGACCGCCGUCGCGGCCUUCACCAUCGAGGACUCGCUGCAUGAGGCGGUGCAGGGGUUUAGCCGGGCGCGCGAGGCCACCACCUUCGCCGUGCUCCUCGCCGCCUUCCGCGCGGCACACUACCGCUUCACCGGGGCCGAGGACGCCAUCGUCGGGACCUCCAAGGCCGGGCCUGUCGGGGCUGUGCGUUUGCUACCGGCCGACACUCUGUGUCUGAGGAUCGCCGUGGGAGGGAGCGACACGCUGGCCGAGCUGACGGCGAGGGCCGAGGCGGCAGCCGCCGCCGCCCUGGCCCACGGCGACGUCCCGCUGGGCCGCAUCGCGUCCGCGCUGCAGAAAGCAGGCCAGAAGGAGAAGAGCCGCGCCCAUCUGGUGCGCAUCCUUUUUGGCCUCCACUCGCAGGGGGAGGGCCUGCCGGUGGAGCCCUCGGUGGCGGCGGCGGCGGAGGUCGCGCUCGACCUCGAGCUCCACCUGGCCGAGACGACCCACGGCGGCCUGGACGGCAAGAUAACCUACUCGACGGACUUAUUUCAAACAAGAAGCAUCGACGGCAUAAUCGCCGCCUUCCGGGAGAUCCUGCGCGGGGGCAUCGAGCAGCCUGCAGAGCCCGUCUCGGCGCUCCCCCUGGGCGGGCUCGAUGAACUGGCAACCAUGGGCCUGCUAGGCGUCAAGCGGACUGGCUACGCGCGCGACUCGAGCGUGGUCGACUUGUUUCGCUCCCACGUGGCGGCGACGCCGCACGCCCUCGCCGUCGUCGACGCGGCGGAGCGGCUGACGUAUGCGCAGCUCGACGCGCGGUCUGACGUGACGGCGGCCUGGCUGCGGCGCCGCGCCAUGUCGGCCGAGGCCUUGGUCGCCGUCCUGGCGCCCCGGUCAUGCGAGGCCGUGGCUGCGUUCCUCGCCGUGCUUAAGGCCAACCUCGCCUACGUACCACUCGACCCAGCCGUGCCCGCGGCGCGCGUCGCCGAGAUCCUGUCGGCCAUGCCCGGCGGCGGCAGGAGGCUGGUGCUGGUCGGCCGCGGUGUGUGCGGGGCCGAAAUCCCGGGUGUUGACGUGGAGCUGGUCAGGCUCGAUGAGGCGGUGGACACCGCAGGCGCGGCGUCGGCGGCGGCCAGCACCGUGAUGCCGCUGGCUACGAGCCUAGCAUACGUCAUGUUCACCUCGGGAUCGACAGGUCGCCCCAAGGGCGUCAUGAUAGAGCACCGCGGCAUCGUCCGUCUCGUUACGGACAGGAGCGUUCUGCCUGUCGAUAAGGCUGCCGUACCAGUUGCCCAUAUCGCAAAUCCUGCGUUUGAUAUGGCGACGUGGGAGAUAUACACAGCAUUAUUGAAUGGUGGCACCGUUGUGUGUGUCGACCAUAUGACGGUGCUAGAUCCCAAGGCGCUGGCGGCGGUGUUCGAACGCGAGAAGGUUCGGGCUGCUGUGUUUACGCCAGCCUUUCUUAAACAGUACCUGUACGAAUCGCCUUCGACGUUUAGCCAGCUGGAUAUGCUGUUGUCAGGAGGAGACGCCAUCCGCCCUCAGGACGCCCUGAGAGCGGCGCAGCUAGUGCGGCACGCAUUUUGUAACGCUUACGGGCCCACGGAAAACACGGGCAUCAGCACCAUGUACCGCAUGGGUGCCAAUGAGCAGUGCGCCAACGGCGUCCCCAUCGGUCGAGCAUACAGCAAUUCGGGAGCGUACGUCAUGGACCCCCUGAUGCGGCCUGUGCCGCUCGGCGUGCUGGGAGAGCUCGUCGUGACGGGGGACGGGCUUGCGCGCGGCUACACGGACGCGGCACUGGACCGCGACCGGUUCGUUACGAUCCAGGUCGGCGAGGGCGAGCCCGUUCGGGCGUAUAGGACCGGGGACAGGGUGCGGUGGCGGCCGACGGACGGGCAGAUCGAGUUUUUCGGCCGCAUAGACCAGCAGGUUAAGAUCCGCGGCCACCGCAUUGAGCUGGCCGAGGUCGAGAAGGCGCUACUCGGCCAUGGCGGGCUCCGCGACGCUGCGGUUGUUGUCCACAAGGACGACAGCGGCGAGCCCGAGAUGAUUGGCUUCGUCGAGCCGCGCGCCGGGGAUACUGCUGGGGACGAGGAAGAUGGCCAGGUCGAGAUCUGGGUAAACCACUACGAGCAGCAGAACUACGCCACGCUCGGCGGCGUCGACGGCUCGGCUGUGGGCAACGACUUUGUCGGAUGGACGUCCAUGUACGACGGGAGCGCCAUCGACAGGACCGAGAUGCAGGAGUGGCUCGACGACACUAUCCGCACUGUCCUGAACGGCCGCCCGCCAGGCCGCGUCCUUGAGAUCGGUACUGGCAGUGGCAUGAUCCUUUUCAAUCUUGCCAAGGCCGGCGGGCUCGAGAACUACGUCGGCAUCGAGCCGUCCAAGUCGGCGGCCUCCUUCGUCACGCAGCGCGUGGCCUCGAUCCCCGAGCUCGCGGGCCGGGUCCAGAUGAACGUCGGCACGGCGGAAGACCUUGGUAGCAUCGACGCCCAGCAACCGGAGCUGGUGGUAGUCAACUCGGUCGCGCAGCUGUUCCCAUCGCCCGAGUACCUGCUGGACUUGGUCCGGACGAUAGCCGCCAUGCCGACCGUUAGGCGGGUGUACUUUGGCGACAUGCGCUCCCACGCCAUCGACAGGCAGUUCCUUGCCGGCAGGGCUCUGCACUCGCUGGGCGAGAACCCCAGGAUCGCCAAGGCCGAGUUCCGGGCCAGAAUAGAGGAGAUGGAAGACCGCGAGGAGGAGCUUCUGGUCGGCCCGGCCUUCUUCACCGGCCUGACGGCCCUGCUGCCCAACCGGGUCAGGCACGUCGAGGUCAUCCCGAAGCGCAUGGUGGCCACCAACGAGCUCAGCUGCUACAGAUAUGCGGCCGUCAUCCACCUGAACUGUCCGCACGGCAUCGAGGAGCCGCCGCGCAUCGUGGACACGUCCGCGUGGGUCGACUUCCGAGAAUCCGCCAUGGACAGGGACAGUCUUGCGGAGCUCCUCAAGGGCGCGGCUGGAGAGCCGGCCACGGUGGCGGUUGCCAACAUCCCGUACAGCAAGACCAUCGUGGAGCGGCAAAUCCUGGCCUCGCUCGAGGACGAGGCAAACGACGAAGACGACGAGGCCUGGGUCGUCGCCGCGCGGCUGGCCGCCCAACGAUGUCCAUCACUUUCGGCGCUCGACCUCGCCCGCAUGGCCGAGGAGGCCGGCUUCCGCGUCGAGAUCAGCUGGGCCCGGCAGCUAUCCAGGCGCGCCGCACUCGACGCCGUCUUCCACCGCUUCCCGGCAGCGGCCGAGGGCGCGCGCGUGCUGUUUGAGUUCCCGACCGACGACGCGGGCGCGCCGCCGGCCACCUUUGCCAACCGGCCGAUGCAGAAGCUCCAGAGCCGGCGGAUCGAGGCCGAGGUGCGCGACAGGGUCCAGGCGCUGCUUCCGUCGUACAUGGUUCCGGACAGGAUCGUGGUCCUGGACCGCAUGCCCGUCAACGCAAACGGCAAGGUCGACCGCAAGGAGCUAGCGCGCAUGGCAAAAACCACGGCCAAAAAGACCAAGGUCGCUUCUUCCCCCACGCGCGUGGCUCCGCGCGACGAGGUGGAGGCCGCCGUGUGCGACGAAUUCCUCGCCGUGCUGGGCAUCGAGGUGGGCAUCGAGGACAACUUCUUCGACCAGGGCGGCCAUUCGCUCAUGGCGACGCGCUUGGCGUCCCGCCUCAGCCGCCGAUUGGACGCCGACGUCAGCGUCAAGGACAUCUUCGACCAACCCGUGCUCAAGGAUCUCGCGGCUAGCAUCCGCCGGAGCUCGAGCGCCUACAGCCCCAUCACCGGCGCGCCCUACUCUGGUCCCGUGGAGCAGUCGUUCGCACAGGGGCGGCUAUGGUUCCUGGGCCAGCUCAACAUCUCGACCGCGUACGUCGUGCCGCUCGCCACCCGGCUCCGCGGCCAGCUCCAAGUGGACGCGCUCGAGGCCGCUCUGCACACGCUGGAGCAGCGGCACGAAACUCUGCGCACCACUUUUCAGAACGGCGACGAUGGCGUGGGCAUACAGGUGGUGCGGUCGGCCGGCGCGCGCAAAAAGCUGAGAGUCAUCGACGCUUCCGGCGACUUCGCCCAGAUUCUGCGCGAGGAACAGGCCGUGUCCUUCGAUCUGGGGUCUGAGCCCGGCUGGAAGGUGUCCCUGCUGCGAAUCGCACCAGACGAUUACAUCCUUUCGAUAGUCAUGCAUCAUAUCAUUGCCGACGGCUGGUCCUUUGGCGUUGUCCGCAAAGAUUUGAGCCGCCUUUAUUCAGCCGCAGCAAACGGCCGCGACCCCCUUGCGGCGCUGGAACCCCUGCCCAUCCAAUAUAGGGACUUUUCGCUGUGGCAAAAGUUGCCCGAGCAAGCCGCCGAACACCAACGGCAGCUGGAAUACUGGAAGACGCAACUGGCAGACAGUUCGCCUGCGGAACUGCUGUGUGAUCGAAAACGGCCUGCCUUCCUGUCGGGCGAGGCCGGCAUAGUCCAGUUUACCAUCGAGGGCGCGGCAUAUGAGCGACUGCAGGCCUUCUGCCGCGCGCACCAGACGACGGCAUUUGUCGUCCUUUUGGCUGCGUUCCGGGCGGCACACUACCGCCUCACGGGGGCCGACGACGCCACCGUCGGCACGCCCAUCGCCAAUCGCAAUAGGCCUGAGCUGGAAAAUCUAAUCGGCUUUUUUGUCAACACGCAGUGCAUGAGGAUCACAGUGGAAGAAGAGGAUACCACAUUUGACACGCUGGUCAAGCAGGUCCGAGCCACGGCUACGGCUGCCUUCGCGAACCAGGAUGUCCCGUUUGAGAGGAUCGUCUCGGCGCUUUUGCGGGGGUCCCAGGACGCGUCCCGCAACCCCCUGGUGCAGCUCCUCUUCGCCUUGCACUCGCAAACUAACCUGGAUAGGGUCGAGCUCGAAGGCAUGUCGGCCGAGCCGGCGCCAGGGCCAAUGGCAACGCGCCUGGACAUGGAGUUCCACCUAUUCCAAGCAGAGCACAGCCUGUCGGGCAAGGUCCUGUACUCGGUGGAUCUCUUCGAGAGGAAGACGAUCGAGGGUGUCGUGGCCGUAUUCCAGGAGGUGCUCCGCCGGGGCCUGGAUCGACCCCAAACGCCCAUUUCGGCACUCCCCCUAACGGACGGGCUGGACGGGCUCGACGCGAUGGGCUUGAUGCACAUCGAGCGCACAGCCUACCCGCGCGACUCGAGCGUGGUGGACAUUUUCCGCCAGCAGGCAGCCGCCCUCCCAAACGCAACGGCCGUUACGGACUCGUCGGGGCGGCGCCUGACAUAUGCCCAGCUUGACGCCGAGUCGGACCAGGCGGCAGCCUGGCUUCGUCGCCGGGGCAUUCCAGCCGAGACGCUCAUCGGUGUUUUGGCCCCGCGCUCGUGCGAGGCCGUCGUGGCUUUCAUGGGUAUUCUCAAGGCCAAGCUAGCAUACAUCCCCCUUGAUGUCAACGUGCCCGGCGCCCGUAUCGGGGCUAUCCUGGAGGCGGCUGAAUGCAGGCUGCUGCUCCUUGGCCGCGGAGUGCCCCCUCCAGACACCGACCUGACCGGCGUGGACGUGAUUCGUAUCAACAGCACGUUGGACCACUCCUCGGCGGGCGGUCUCUCGAGCCCGCUAGGGGCAGAGGUUGCUGAUGGGCCCUUGGCCACGAACCUCGCCUACGUCAUGUUUACAUCGGGCUCGACCGGCAAGCCCAAAGGUGUCAUGAUCGAGCACAGGGGAAUCGUGCGCCUGGUUAAGGACACCAACGUCGUAACGUCGGCCGCAUCGGCCGUCCCCGUGGCUCAUGUGACGACGCUCUCGUUCGACCUCUCGACCUGGGAGCUCUACGCGCCGCUCCUCAACGGCGGCUCCGUCGUUUGCAUCGACUACAUGACGCUUCUCGACCCAGCGGCACUGGCCAAGGUCUUUGAGAGGGAGCAGGUGCGUGCAGCCCUGCUCACGCCGGCGUUCCUCAAGCAGUGCCUCGCCAGCCCCGAGUCGGCCGCGGCCAUCGCGCGGCUCGACGCCCUCUUGGCAUGUGGAGAGCGCCUGGACGUCCAAGAUGCCAUCGCGGCUUGCAAGGUCGCUACCAAGUGCGGCAUCGUCAACGCCUACGGCCCGACGGAGAACACCGUGUUUAGUACGAUAUUCAAGAUGACUUUGCAGGAAGGCUGCCCCAACGGUGUGCCUAUCGGCCGGUCCCUCACCAACUCUGGGUCCUACAUUAUGGAUGGGCGCCAGCGACUGGUACCCAUUGGCGUGGUGGGAGAGUUGGUCCUCACGGGAGACGGCCUGGCGCGCGGAUACACAGAUUCGGCACUGGACCGCGACCGGUUCACCGAGGUGGAAAUCGCCGGCGAGAUAGUCAAAGCCUACAGGACCGGCGACAAGGCACGCUACCGGCCCACGGACGGCGAGAUGGAAUUCUUUGGCCGCAUGGACCAGCAGGUCAAGAUUCGCGGCCACCGUAUCGAGUUGGCCGAGGUCGAGGCCGGACUGCUCCGACACGAAGCCGUUACCGAUGCCGCUGUCGUCGUGCGCAACACGCAGGAGGGCCAGGAGCCCGAGAUGAUCGCUUUCGUGCGGGCGCCCAGGCUGGUGGAGCAGCAGUCGCAGGCGGCCGCCGAGGCCGAGAUCCUGAGCCGGCUGCGCGUCUUCCUGCCCAAGUACAUGGUCCCCGAGGGCGUCGUGCUGAUGGACCAGAUGCCGCUCAACGCCAACGGCAAGGUCGACCGCAAGGAACUCGGCCGGCUCGCGCAGACGGCGGCGAGGAGCGAGGUCCAGGUCGCAGUUGCGGUGGCCGCCCGCGACGAGGUCGAGCUUGCCGUCUGCGAUGAGUGCGCAGGCGUGCUGGGAGCCGCCGAGGUCGGUGUUAACGACGACUUUUUCGCCCUAGGCGGCCACUCUCUCAUGGCCACCAAGCUCGCCGCGCGCCUCAGCCGCCGUCUUGGCACCGCUGUGUCCGUCAAGGACGUAUUUGAUCGCCCCGUCCUGGCCGAUCUUGCCGCGAAGAUCCGUCGUAGCGGCUCCGCCUCGCACAGCCCGAUCAAGAGAGUCGGGGGCUAUUCCGGUCCCGUCCAGCAGUCCUUUGCGCAGGGCCGAGUGUGGUUUAUGGAGCAGCUGGCUGGUGGGACAGCGUCGUACCUCAUGUCGAUGGCCACGCGCUUGCGCGGAGCUCUGAACAUCCACGCUCUGGAAGCCGCUCUAGGCGCUUUGGAGCAACGCCACGAAACACUCCGUACAGUGUUUGACGAAGUGGACGGUGUGGGCGUACAGAAGGUGCUCGAUAGCGGGAGAGUAAAGCUCAAAGUCAUGAGCCUAUCCCCUGAGGACGACGACUUCAGCGGGCUGCUGCUCAAACAGCAGACGACGCCGUUCGACCUCAAAUCUGAGCCUGCAUGGAGAGUCUCUCUAAUUCAGCUGCCAGGAGUCGACGACAACAUCCUGUCGAUCGUUAUGCACCACAUCAUAGCUGACGGCUGGUCCAUCGAUGUCCUGCGCCAGGAGCUCGGCGCGUAUUACGCAGCAGCCCUGCGCGGCGGCCACGUGCCUCUCCUAGAGCAGAUAGCGCCGCUCCCAAUCCAAUACCGCGACUUCUCCGUCUGGCAGAGAGAGCCGGCACAGGCAGAGGACCACGGGCGCCAACUCGAGUACUGGAAGACGCAGCUCGCCGAUAGCACUCCGGCCGAGUUUCUUCCCGACCGCCCGCGGCCCAGCGUCCUGUCGGGGGGUGCAGGUGUGGUCGAUUUCGCGAUUGACGGGGCCCUAUACGAACGAUUGCAAGCGUUCUGCCGGGCGGGACGGACAACCUCCUUUAUCGCGCUGUUGGCAGCUUUCCGCGCUGCGCACUACCGGCUGACCGGCGUGGAAGACGCCACUAUCGGGAGUCUUAUUGCCAACCGCAACCAUCCAGAAAUCGAGAACCUGAUUGGCUUUUUCGUCAACACCCAGUGCAUGCGCAUGGCCGUCGGUGACGGCGACUCCUUCCAGGGCUUGGUGGAGCAAACCAGGACAACCGCCGCCGCAGCCUUCGCUAACCAGGACGUACCUUUCGAGCGCAUUGUGUCGUCGUUGCGUCUCGGCACCAACGAUAUGUCCCGCAAUCCGCUCGUCCAAACUAUGCUGGUGCUGCACUCGCAAGAAGACCUCGAUAGGAUCCAGCUAGAAGGCCUGAUUGCAGACCCCGUCCCCGGCACGGCCACGACCAGGCUAGAUGUCGAGUUCCACAUGCUCCAGAGGGCAGGCAGUCUGAGCGGGCGGGCCCUGUAUUCCACGGAUCUGUUCGAGCCCAAGACGAUACGCUGCCUCGUGUUUGUUUUCCUUACCGUCCUCCGCCAGGGACUCGAACAGCCGCAGGAACCCAUAUCCACGCUCCCUCUCAUAAAGGACGGCCUUGACGAGAUCUGUGGCAACUCGGGCACGUUCGUCAUGGACCGCAGGCAGCAGCUCGUCCCUCCAGGAGUUAUGGGCGAAUUGGUCGUGACCGGAUACGGUCUGGCACGAAGAUACGCGGGCUCUGAUUCGGACCGAAACCGGGUUGUGGAGAUUGAGAUGGUGGUCGGCAACACUCCCAUCAAGGCGUAUAGAACAGGAGACCGCGCCCGGUACCGCCCGACCGAUGGCCAGCUGGAAUUUUUCGGCCGCAUGGACCAGCAGAUCAAGGUGGGCGGCCACCACAUCGAGGUGGCCGAAGUGGAAGCCGCAAUCCUCAAGCAGGACGCCGUGGCAGAUGCCGCCGUCGUGGUACAGGCCGGCAAGAUUAUCGCGUUCAUGACGACCAAGGCCACCAAGAACACGCCUCCCGACCACGAUGAUGACGCCAGCGGGCAGGUCGAUGGGUGGGUGACACACUUCGACAAGGCCACGUACACCGACAUCGACAAGAUCGAGGACACGACCCUCGGCAACGACUUUAUGGGCUGGACUUCCAUGUACGACGGCAGCCUGAUCGACCGCGCCGAGAUGCAGGAGUGGCUCGACGAGACGAUGCAGGCCAUGCUGGAGGGAGCGGCGCCCGGGCGUGUGCUCGAAAUCGGCACUGGAAGCGGCAUGAUCCUGUUCAACCUUGCCAGGGCGGCGGCGGGCGGCCUCGAGAGGUAUUGGGGUCUCGAGCCUUCCCCCGCGGCCACUAGGUUCGUCAACGAUCGGGUCAAGGCCGACGCCAUGUUGGCUGGCCGCGUCCACAUGCACGUGGGCACGGCGGCAGACGUUGGCCACCUAGAGCUGCGCCCUGAGCUCGUGGUCAUCAACUCGGUUAUCCAGUACUUUCCGACUUGUGAAUAUCUUGCCGAAAUCAUCGACCAGCUUGUUCGGACGCCUGGUGUCCAGCGCAUCUUCUUUGGCGACGUCCGGUCCUACGCAAUCAACAAGCAAUUCCUCGCAUCGAGGGCGCUGCGCUCGCUUGGAGCGUCGGCCACCAAGGCCGGUGUCAGGCAAAUCAUUGCAGAGCUGACUGAGAGUGAAGAGGAGCUGCUCGUCGACCCGGCAUUUUUCACCAGCCUCAAGAAGCGGCUGCCUGAUCUUGUCCACCACGUCGAGAUUCUGCCCAAGCGCAUGACGGCCAGCAACGAGCUCAGCUCUUACCGCUACGCGGCUGUGGUCCAUGUGUCGCAGGAAAAUGCGCGACCGGUGCACACAAUCGACCAGGCUGCCUGGGUGGACUUUGAGGCGUCGGGUAUGAGUCGGGAGGGGCUCGCUAGCCUCCUGCGGAGCGCGCCCGCCGACGCCACCAUUGCCAUUGAGAACAUACCCUGGCGCAAAACUAUGCUUGAGAGGCUCGUCGUCGAGUCGCUCGACACCGAGGGCGACGCCCAAAACAACACCGUCGACGGGGCGGCCUGGAUCUCGACCGCCCGGUCUGCGGCUGAGCGUCGCGAGUCGCUGUCUGCUGCUGACUUGGCGCGCCUGGCCGGCGAGGCCGGCUUCCGGGCCGAGGUCAGCUGGGCGCGCCAGCGGUCUCGCGCCGGCGCCCUGGAUGCUGUGUUCCACAGGAUCGCGGCCGAGGGCGGCGCGCGUGUUCUGUACCGGUUCCCCACUGACGACGAGCCGGAGGGCUCGCCGGCCGCCCCGCUCACGAGCCAGCCGCUGGAGCGCCUGCACCGCCGCCGUGUCGAGGCGCAGAUCCGCGAGGGGCUACAGAAGAUGCUCCCGGCACAUAUGGUGCCCCAGAAGAUUGUCGUGCUCGGCUGUCAGCUCCCGGUCGGAGCAAACGGCAAGGUCGACCGCGAAGAACUGGGUCGCAUGGCCCAGGCUAUCCAAAAGCCCAGCGCCGUGGCUUCUGUACACGCUAGCCCGAAAGACGACACCGAGGCCGUUGUUUGCGAGGAGUUCGGUUCGGUCCUCGGCGUGGGGGUCGGAAUAAACGACAACUUCUUCGACCAAGGGGGCCACUCCCUCAUGGCAACCAAGCUCGCGGCUCGCCUGAGCCGUCGACUAAACACUGACAUCUCGGUUAAGAAUAUUUUUGACCAGCCCGUUUUGAGCGACUUGGCCGACACGAUUCGCCGUAUUUCGGCUUCGCACAAGCCCAUCGCAAAGACCACCCACGACGGCCCGGUCAAGUUGUCGUUUGCUCAGGGCCGCCUUUGGUUCCUGGACCAGAUCGACCUUGGAAAGACGGCGUACAUCAUCCCCUUGGCGACGCGCCUGCGCGGACCACUAAAUACAGAGGCCUUGGAGGCGGCAAUCCGGGCCCUCGAGACGAGGCACGAGACUCUGCGCACGACAUUCCACGAGACAGACGGCGUAGGCAUGCAAGCCGUGGGGCCUGUCAGCACCAUCAAAAUCAACAUGGUCGACAUGUCGGCCAAGACGCACCAAGAGUACGCCCAGCUCCUGUGGAAAGAACAAACUACCGCAUUCGAUCUGGCCGCCCAGCCGGGCUGGCGAGUCGCCCUCAUAAAACUGGGCCAAAACGACCACAUCCUUUCCGUCGUCAUGCAUCAUAUCAUUUCUGAUGGGUGGUCCAUCGACGUGAUGCGCCGCGAACUGGGCCAGUUUUACGCCGCGGCGGUACGGGGGCGCGACCCCCUAUCGGCCGUUCCAGCGCUCCCGAUCCAGUACCGCGAUUUCGCCGCGUGGCAAGCGCAGCAGUCUGCCGAGCAUGGGCGCCAGCUGCAAUACUGGAAGAAAAUGCUGGCAGACAGCUCCCCAGCCGAGCUGUUAACGGAUAAGCCCCGGCCGGCCACGCUCUCAGGAGACGCGGGCGUUGUGCCCUUGGCGAUCGAUGGGCCCAUGUACGAGGACCUCCAGGCAUUCUGCAGGUAUCACCAGACCACCUCGUUCACCGUGCUGUUGGCCGCGUUCCGUGCAGCCCACUACCGCCUCACCACGGGAGCCGAGAUUGCCACUAUUGGUACUCCAAUCGCCAACAGGAACCGGCCCGAGCUCGAAAACAUGAUCGGGUUCUUCGUCAAUACCCAGUGCAUGAAGAUCGCGGUUGGCAAGGAUGACACAUUCGAGGGCCUGGUCAGACAGGUCCGCUCCACAACGACGGCGGCGUUUGCAAACCAAGACGUCCCCUUCGAGCGCGUCGUGUCGGAGCUUUUGCCUGGACUCAGGGAUAGCUCGACCUCCAGAAACCCCUUGGUUCAGCUCAUGUUUGCACUGCAUUCGCAGCAGGAUCUCGAACGCAUACCCCUGGAGGGCUUGGCCGCCGAGGCCGUCCCAGGCAACCCGACGACCCGCAUGGAUCUCGAAUUUCACCUUUUGCAGGGUCGGAAAGGACUCGACGGCAGGGUUCUCUAUAGCAAGGACCUGUUUGAGGAGAAAACUGCCGACGGAAUCGUAGCCGUCUUCCUCGAGAUCCUCCGCCGCGGCCUCGACCGCCCCCGCACCCCAUUGUCGACGCUCCCGCUCACGGAUGGACUCGGCGAGGUGCGGUCCAUGGGCCUCCUGGAUAUCCGACAGACCGACUACCCGAAAGGGUCUGUAGUUGACGCUUUCCGCAAGCAAGCAGCCGCCCAUCCAGACGCGACAGCAGUCAUCGAUUCGUCGGCUCGGAUGACGUACAGGGAGCUCGACGAAAAGUCUAGCCGGCUUGAGACGUGGCUCCGCCGCCGCAAGGGCACGAGCCCAGAGAGUCUUGUUGGCGUGCUCGCGCCACGGUCCUGCGAGGCAAUCGUGGCAUUCCUCGGCGUGCUCAAGGCGAACCUCGCCUACAUUCCGCUCGACACCAACGCACCGGCAGCACGAAUCGCGACGAUCCUGUCGACCGUGGCGGGAAAGACACUGGUGCUUCUCGGCCGCGACACCCCUCCGCCGGACUGCUCGACAACAGCCGGCGUCGAGCUGAUCAGGAUCGCCGACGCUCUCCGGAGCGCGGGCCCGGCAGAGGCGGCACUUGCGUACCAGCAGCAGCCUUCGGCCUCAAGCCUUGCUUAUGUCAUGUUCACGUCUGGCUCAACGGGCCGCCCAAAAGGCGUCAUGGUGGAGCACCGCGGCGUCGUGCGGUUGGCAAGUGAGCCAGACGUGGCCCUGCGGGGGGCGCCCAUCGCCCACAUGGCGAACACGGCAUUCGACGCCGCCACUUGGGAGAUAUACACGGCCAUUUUAAGCGGUGGCACAUUGGUCUGUAUCGGCCACACAACCGUGCUGGACCCCGUUGAGCUGGGGGGCGUUUUUGCGGACAAGGGGAUCCGCGGGGCCUUGUUCACGCCCGCGCUUCUCAAGCAAUGUAUGACCUCGGCGCCUGCCGCGCUCGCCGGGUUGGAUCUGCUGGUGGUCGGCGCCGAUAGGUUCCCGCCGCAAAGCGCCAUCGAGGCGGCGCGCCUGGUCCGAGGCGCCGUCUUUAACGCGUACGGGCCGACGGAGAACUCGUGCAUUAGCACCAAGUACCGUGUGCCGGUAGGCGAGGAGAACUAUGUCAACGGUGUCCCGAUCGGCCGGGCAAUCGCCAAUUCUGGGACCUUCGUCAUGGACGGCCAGCAGAAAGUGGUUCCCAUCGGUGUCAUGGGAGAGCUCGUUGUGACGGGAGAUGGGCUCGCGCGCGGCUACACGGACCCGGCGCUAAACGACGGCCGCUUCGUCAGUGUAACAAUCAACGGGAGGACAACGAGGGCAUACAGGACUGGCGACCGGGUCCGAUACCGAGCAGACGGCCAGAUCGAGUUCUUCGGCCGCAUGGACCAGCAGAUCAAGAUUCGAGGCCACCGGAUCGAACUGGCCGAGGUCGAACACGCCAUUAUCGGCCACGACGCAGUUCAAGACGCGGCGGUCAUCGUUCGGGUACAAAAGGGCCAGGUGCCGGAAAUGGUCGGCUUCGUGGCGGCCCGGCCGGACGGCGCUGCGAAGCAGCCCCGAAACCGGGAAGAGCAAUUCGCAGCACAGGUCGAGGAGGAGAUUUGUCGUCGACUGCAAGCCCUGCUUCCAUCGUACAUGGUCCCUGAGCGGAUCGUGGUUCUGGACCAGAUGCCACUCAAUGCCAACGGCAAGGUCGAUCGGAAAACACUUGCUCGAAUGGCUCAGACUGUACCUAAACGUGUUGACAGCACCACGGAUGAGGUUUUUGUACCUACAGGAGAAGUCGACAAGAUCAUGCAUGCGGUCAUCGCCGAGGUAGUCAACCUCCCACCCAAUCGCGUCCCGGCAAACCGCUCCUUUAUCGGCUUGGGCGGCGACUCCAUCACCGCCAUGCAGGUUAUGGCCCUCUGCCGUCAGGGAGGCGUCUCCCUAGGGGUCCAGGAUAUUCUCAAGAGCGCUACCAUCGCUGAUAUGGCCGCCAGGGCCAACAGACUGAGUCUCGCCGGAGCUCCUGCCCAAGACGGCAGCACCGAGACGCUUGGCGAGGAGGACGAAUUCGCCCCUUUCCCUCUUUCUCCCAUUCAGAAGCUCUAUUUCGCGCAAUUCCCGGACGGAGAGAAUCACUACAACCAAAGCAUGCUCCUCAAACUGCAGCGGCCUACCCCAGAGUCUGUUGUUCGCGAGGCUCUUUCGGAGCUGGUGCGUCAUCAUUCGAUGCUCCGCGCCCGCUUCCAAAGGGACCCGGCAAAAGGCCAGUGGAUGCAAAGGGUGAGCCCAAACGCCGACGAGGCAUUUUCCUUCGCCAGAAGCAACGUGCCGACUUGGGAGGAGGCCCAGGGCGCCAUGCUCGAGGCCGAACGUUGCCUUGACAUCACUAGCGGGCCAAUGCUGGCAGCUAGGUCCCUCCACAUCGGUGAAUCAACCUCACUCUUCCUAGUCGCCCACCACCUCGUCGUCGACCUCGUGUCCUGGCGAGUACUGUUGCGAGAUCUCGAGCAGCUUAUCGGUGGCAUAUCGCUGCCCAAGACGCAAGAGUCGUGGUCGUAUCAGCGAUGGGUUCGCAGCCUCCAGAGCUACGCCGAGACAGAGGCGUCAGCUGCUGCCCUGACGCUGCCGUUUGCAGUGCCGGAGCCAAAUAUCGAGUUCUGGGGCAUAGACGAAUCGUCGCCCAACAACGACUCCACCAACCUGGCGCAGGGCGAGUUCACCCUUGGCCCAUUCUUGACCGACAUCCUCCUUCGUGCUGCCGAAAAGACCUUGCGGGCCGAAGUCCCGGACGUCCUUCUAGCCAUGGCCGCGCACACUUUUGCCGUCAUCUUCCCAGAGCGUGCAGCACCCUCUUUCCACACCGAGACCCACGGCAGGGACCAUCCUCGCGGGGGUACGGCCAUCCCGGUUCACGAGACGGUCGGUUGGUUCACGGCGAUUGUGCCCCUUGUGAUCACCGCCGCCGGCGGAAGCGACUACGUCGACUCCGUCAUCCAAGCCAAGGAUAUCCGCCGCACCGUACCUGGCCUGGGGGUGCCUUACUUCACAUCCAAGAUGCUUCGGGGGCCGCCGCAAAAGCCAACCAUGGAAAUCAUGUUUAACUAUCUCGGUCGCUUCCAGCAGCUCGAGCGCCCGGACGGCCUUUUCGAGUUACUACCAGGUUCCACGCACCCCGUGGAUGUCGGGCUUUCUGUCGCCCGCCUCUCCGUGAUCGAUGUGUCCGCCGUCGUCGAGAGGGGCGCGCUGACCGUGUCCUGGAACUACAACGCAAAGAUCCAUCAUCAGGACAAGCUGGCCAGGUGGUUUUCCCUGUACGAACAGGCGCUGACCGAGGUCACCUCUGCCCUGCAAAAGGCCUUGCCGCGGCUGACCAGCAGCGACGUUCCCCUGUUGUGCCUCCCCCACGCGCGGCUCGGAGCCCUCAACGAGGCACUGGCGGCCGUCGUCUCGCGCGGCGGCGUCGAAGCAGUCCAAGACGUAUACCCCACAUCGCCCAUGCAGCGCGGCAUCCUCCUCAGCCGGUCCAAGGACGCCUCGCAGUACGACGUCCACGCCGUCUGGGAGAUCAGCCCCUGCGAGGGUCGCGGCGCCGCCAAGGUCGACACGUCGCGGCUGCGCCGCGCUUGGCGCCACGUCGUCCGGCGACACCCCAUGCUCCGAACAGUCUUCAUCGACGCCGGCCUCCGCGACGACUCUCCGUUCGACCAGGUCGUACUUAGGGAGCUUGACCCCUCCAUCACCUUCUUCACAUGCGGGGACGACGACAAGGCUGCCGCCAUGGAAAAGCUCUGGGACUCGUGCCGCGGAGACUUCGACCCAGACGCUUCCGCGCACCGCCUUGCCAUAUGCGCCUGCCCCGGAGGCAAAGCCUAUGCGCACCUCCAGGUCAGCCACGCCCUGGUGGACGCGACAUCGCUGCAGAUCCUCUUAAGGGACUGGGCCCGCGCCUACGCCGACGACCUCCCGGCUGGCCCCGGUCUUUCCUACUCGAGUUACAUUGCCCACAUCCAAAAUACCUCGCCCGAGUCGUCCCUCCGGUUCUGGACCGCCCGCCUCGAGGGUGCCACUGUCUGCCGUCUUCCCCGACUGACGGACGGCAUCGUGCGGACCGGUCAUGGGGGGAUGCGCCGCCUUCACGUCGACGUGCCUUUUGGCCACCGCCUCGAUGCCCUGGCGAGGCGGCUCCGCGUAUCCGUCGCCAAUAUAUUCCAACUCGCCUGGGCCUUGGUCCUCCGCUCCUACACCAACGCCCAGGACGUUUGCUUCGGCUACAUCGCGUCGGGCAGGGACGUCGAGCUCGACGGCAUUUCGGACGCCGUGGGUCCCUUUAUCAACAUCCUCGUCUCGCGCCUGGUAUUUGACCAGCACAGCACGGCCGCGACCAUGCUGCGGCGCUUCUUCGCCGCUUACGUAGACGGCCUACCACACCAGCAUGCGCCGCUGGCCGACAUCUUGCACGCGCUCCAGGUGCCGGGCGGUCAGCUGUUCAACACGGCCUUGUCAUUCCAAAAGUUGCCUACCGGGCAGCCCCAGGACCUAGAACUAUCUUUCCGCUUUAUCCGGGGUGACGAUCCUACAGAGUUCGAUGUUAUGCUUAACGUACUGAGCGGCGACUCCAUUAACUUCUCCAUCGACUACCGUGACAACUUCUUGACGCAAGCGCAAGCGAUCAACAUCGGCCAGAGCCUGGUCCAGGCCCUAAGCGCUAUCGAGGCCACCCCGGACGCAGGCGUCGACUCGCUGGAACUGCUUCCGCCAAAGCACCUCUCCCAGCUCAAGCGCUGGGGCGAGGCCAUACCACCUCUCGUCGACAGGACCGUGCAUUGUCUGUUUGGUGACGCAUGCCGCGCACGACCAGAUGCAUCCGCCAUACACGCCUGGGAUGCGCACUUUUCAUACGCCGAGCUCGACGAUGCUUCGUCGCGCCUGGCCGGUCUCCUGGUCGAGCGGGGCAUUGAGCCAGGAAGUUUUGUUGCCAUGUGCUUUGAAAAGUCGGCCUGGGUCGCCGUCGCGUUCCUCGCCAUACACAAGGUUGGAGCGGCCUUCUUGCUCCUCGAACCCGAUGCACCUCGGGAGCGUACCCAGUAUAUGCUCGAAAAGACCGAGAUAUCCAUGGUCCUCUGUUCGGCCGCGUGUAGCGCCUCGGUCGAGGGCUGGGGUAUGGCCUCGAUGGUGGUCGACAAGGAUGCCAUCGCAACGCCAGCCAGCCACGCCUGCCAGCUGCCAGACGUCCCGAGCUCUAGUGCCGCCUACGUCGUCUUCACGUCAGGCACCACCGGCCAGCCCAAGGGCGCGGUCGUCGAACACGGCGCCUUUUGCACCGCGGCGGUGGCGCAGGCGCAGAACAUGUCGAUUGGACCCGAGUCCCGCUGCCUGCAGUUCGCCUCCUUCGCGUUCGACAUCGCCAUGCUGGAGAUGGUUACGCCCCUGCUCGUGGGCGGUUGUGUCUGCAUGCCACAAAAACAAGACAUGGUUGCGGACCUGCCGGGUGUCGUCAGGAACAUGAAGGUUACCUGGGCGUUCCUCACGCCGUCCUUUGCCCGGACCUUGAGCCCGGAGGCGGGGCUUGCUCCCCUCGAGACGCUCUUCCUCGGCGGCGAGCCCUUGUCUCAGAGGGACAUUGAUGCUUGGGCCGACAAAGUCCGGCUUGGCAACGGCUACGGCCCUGCGGAGUGCGCUGUUAUAUCGUCCGCCAUGCCGCGCGCGACGAGGUCGACGGAAGCGUCCAACAUCGGCCACCCCUCGGGCUGUGCACGCUGGGUGACCGAGCUGGGCAACAGACAGCGUCUCGUUCCCAUCGGGGCCGUCGGCGAGCUUCUCCUCGAGGGCGCGCCGCUCUCGCGCGGCUACGUCAACGACCCCGCUAGGACGGCCGAGGUUUUCGUCGUGGGCCUGGCCUGGGCGCCGCACGUGGGCCGCACCCCCGAGACGCGCUUCUACGCGACCGGCGACCUCGUGCGCCUCAAUUCCGACGGCUCGCUCACGUUUGUCGGCCGCAGGGACGGCCAGGUCAAGAUCCACGGCCAACGCAUCGAGCUAGGCGAGAUCCACCAUCACUUGGCGACCAUGCACGAAAUCCGGCACUCGGUCGUUUUGAGCCCGUCGGAAGGCCCUCUCCGCGGCCGCCUCGUAGCCGUGCUCGAACUCAAGGACUUUUGCUCCACCGCCGACGCCGCCGACGCCGCCGCCACCCACGAACCUAUGCGCCUCGUCGCCCCAUCGAUGCGCCCCCGGGCGGCCGAGUGCGUCGGGCGGAUCCGUAACGCGCUCGCUCGGCGUCUUCCGGCGUAUAUGGUCCCAACGACCUGGAUUGCCGUGCACCAGAUACCAAUGAUGGUAUCCCGGAAGCUCCACCUCCCUACGGUGCAGGCCUGGAUCGAGGGCAUCGACGAGGAUACGUAUCGAAAUAUCCUCGCGGUCGCAGACGCGACCGCCGAGCUGGACCCGAGCGAGAAGGUCGCCCGGCAAAUCAGCCGUCGCCUAGGAGACCUCCUCGGCGGCGCCGGCAAUGUGCUGCAGGACGUUGUCGGCAAGGACAUUGUGCCGAUGCAGUUCGGUCUGGACUCUAUCGCCGCCAUCACGCUCUCGUCGUGGAUUCGCAAGACUUUUACUGCAACCGUUCCCAUGGCCACCCUUCUUUCUCCCCAGGCCAGCGUACGGACACUCGCUGCCUUGGUCCAAGAGGAAAAGACCGGACCGUCUACGGCCAGGCGCGCCACAGCAGCAGCCAUCGUCAAUUUGCGCGCUGAGCUCCAACGCCUCGACCAAAGGCUUGCCCGGCUGCUGGCCGUGCCCAAAAAGGUGACACCCAAGCGCCUUAGACGUAACCACUUCCAAACACCGUCGACCUUCCUCGUCACGGGCUCGACCGGUUUCCUCGGCAGCCAAAUUGUCAGGCAGCUGCUGCUACGGGCCGCGGUAAAGAGAGUAUUCUGCCUUGUCCGAGCCGACAAUGACGACCAGGCUUGGGAACGUAUGAUGGACGCAGCCCGCAAAGGCGAGUGGUGGCGGCCUGAUCUGGCAGAGCGCCUCACUACAUGGAGCGGCGACCUGGCCAGGCCGCAUCUGGGGCUCGACGCUGCCCGCUGGGCGCGCGUUGCAGGUGGAGACGUCGACGCCAUCAUACACAACGGCGCCGUCGUCCACUGGCACCUGGGCUACCACGACAUCCGAGCCGCCAACGUCGGCAGCACAUUUGACCUCCUCUCCGCCCUGUCGACCGCCACGUCGCCUCCGCGCCUCGCCUAUGUGUCCGGGGGCUACUUCGGCACCGCCGACGAGACGGACAAUCAGGUUGCGGACCUCCUGUCGGACUCGGGCGGCUACGCGCAGACCAAGUUCAUCUCGGAGGUGCUCGUGGGCCGCCACGGGGAGCGCCUGGCGGCCGCAUCUCCCGACUUCCCGAUGCCCGUCGUGCUCAAGCCGGGUUUCAUUAUUGGAGACGGGGACUUGGGCGUGUCGAACCUCGACGACUUCCUGUGGCGCGUCGUGGGCUCAGCCGUCCGCGUCGGCGGCUACAACGCCGACGAGGCCGACGACCCCGACGCGUGGCUGCUCGCCGCCGGCAGCGACCAAAUCGCAAGCGCCGCGGUGGACGCGUGCAUGCUCCCGCCGUCGGCCGCCUCCAAACGGGCCGUCCGCUUCGUCGACGGCGUCCCCGUUAAGGAGCUCUGGAGGGUUCUGGCCGAGGACCCGGAGUUAGGCUUCGAGCUUAAACCCAUGUCCUGCCGCGACUGGCUGGCGACGCUCGAGCGGGACAUGAACGCGCGCGGGCCCGCCCACCCCAUCUUCCCGGUCUUCGACUUCCUCCGGAGCAGACGGGGCACCGUUGGCGUCCGGCGCAUACGCGACGAGGAGGCCGUUUUCCCCGAAACCGAACUGCGCGAGCGCGUUAGGCGCAGCCUCAUUUACCUCAAGACCAUCGGCUUUUUUUCGGCCAACGGGGCCGCUUCGCAGCCCAAGGUUGGCGUUUUUAACCGGAGCGGUUGGAGUUUAAGGUUGGUCGACUAG